UCUCGCUCUUCUCUCAUUCUGUUUUUUUACUCAGUCUUGUUCCUCAUCCCCCAAAUCUAACCUUCAAUCCUCUACUGCCUACAAAAUCCAUUUCUUCAUUCCCUCAUUUGUUGAUUCCAAAACUCCGGGGAACUGGCUUUUUUCGAUAUCGAAAAUGACCCUUAAGGGUGGCACCAGCCAGGCCUGUGCUGCGUGCAAAUACCAGAGGAGAAAGUGCACUUCUGAAUGUCUACUGGCUCCUUACUUCCCUCCUGACCAGCCUAAGAGGUUCCGCAAUGCUCAUAGAUUAUUCGGGGUACGUAACAUCUCUAAGAUACUCGAGGAGCUCGAUCCUAGUCAGAAGGCGGACGCCAUGCGUUCCAUCAUUUCUCAGGCUGACAUUCGCGACAGGUUCCCUGUGCAUGGCUGUCUUGGAGUCAUAAGGCAUUAUGAUUACCAAAUUCGACAGCUACAGGAGGAAUUGCAAGCUGUGCAUGCACAAUUGGCGCUCUAUCGACAACAAGAAAUGUCAGCUAUGCCACCGUAUGAUCCGUCUCAGUUACAAUUGCAGUUAGGAAUGCCGAGGCCUGUUGAUGGUCAUGCUCUUUUCAAUCAAGAAGAUUCUGAUCCUCAGCAGUAUAAUUCUGUUAAUGCUCUUCCUAUUGCGUCGCAUCCUUCUUAUAAUUCUUUCUGCGGAAAUGUUACUGCAGAUUAUAUUGAUUCUAAGGAUAAUAAUUUAGUUAAUUCGUUCUGGAUUCAACAAUCUUGUAGUAAUGGUAAUAACAGUAAUGAUCAAAUUCAAAUGAUGGGUAGUCAGACUGAUCAAUUGAUUGGAUCACAAAGUAUGCAGCAAGAUGUUAUUCAGGAUUACGAGUUCUUCGAUGUCAUCAAUGACAGACAGUCCUUCAUCGAUUUGAAGGAGAAUCAUGAGUCCAGCUCGGAAUCAUCCUUGAUAGAUACGACUCAGACUCUGGAGAACAUCGCGGAGAAUGAACUGAAGAAUGCUGCAGCAUGCUUAACUCUCACCAGUGUAAAUUGACGGAGAAGGAAAAACAGCAAUAAGUGUGGCUAGAUCAUUUUCAUCUGAUGUUUCACCAUUUUUGUAGAGCUUUCGUAGGUACUUUCCAACAAUUUGAGUUUUCCCUUGUUCUAGACGCGUAUUUAACUCUCUUCUGCAGUUCUGCUGUUGGGACACAUGAGAAUUAUUUCUUGAAUUCGUAAUAGAUAAACAGUUUCAG